AUGUCAACUGUGACGGUCAAACAGAGAUGUUCUCAACGGCGACGUUGUCUUCCACCAGAGGCAGUCCUCCAGAAGCUUAUCUCUCAGCUUACGGCUCACGUCUUCAAUAGCGAAGGGUGGCAAAUGGCAUCGGUGACGAAGAAUGCUGACAAAUUCUACAAGUACCGUCGGCGUAUUUUCGAAUUGAUUCGCAAAAUCUACGACACCGGUUGCUACGACAAGACACUCGUCGACCUGAUCAUCGCCGACAAGAAGGCGGAGCAGACGACAGUGUACCACUUCGACCCGCGCCAAGACGUCCAGAGCCAGCUGGAGGAGAUUCGAAAGAGGACCGAAAAUAAUGCGAAGAGUGCGAGCCCCGAUUUCAUGAGAUAUGAAAUUUUCAUUGACAAAGAAGUAAAGAGCGCCCUUAUCCUCGACAAAAUGGCUCAAAAGACCUAUAAAAUCGACCUUCCCGAAGAAUUCCAGAAAAACCAGUCCCUAGAAGUCUCAGAAGACUCCGUCUACGUAACCCUUUAA